AGGAAAUUUUUCAUUUUCAACAACUUUUUUUUCCCAAUACGAACAAACGUAGCUAACGGUUUAAUGUUUGUAGGUGUGUGUGUGUGUUCAAGUGUUUACGAAACAGCAACAACAACAACAACAACAACAAAAUUCGAAUUAAUUUCCAUAAAUCAUUCCAUUUGUUUUUUUUCUGCUGCUGCCCAUUUGUUUUUGAAGAAAAAUCAACUCAUUUCAAUGAAUUCUGAAUGAUUGGUGCAAUAGUGGUGCUGUGACGGACGAUUGUUUUUGAUUUGCUGUGUUUGUUUGUUUGUUUGUUUUUUUUUCUUCAUUUUAUUGACUCAAUGAUCCGAUUUAAAUGUUGUGUGUGUGAACAAUAAACGAUAAUCAUCAUCAUCAUCAUUGAUUAUAGGUUUUCAUGACGAAUUUCCAAUAAAUCUUGUCAUAAUUAUCAUUAUCAUCGAUCUCUUGAAAACCAGACAAACAAACAAACGAAAAAAAAAUGUUUAGACAUCGAACAAUUGGAUCAUCAUCAUCAUUAUUCAUUAUCAUUAUACUUACAUUUCUUUUACCAAGAUUAUUUGGUCAUCAUGUUGUCACACAAAUCUCACUAUACUAUGAAACAUUAUGUCCAGAUUCAAGAAAUUUUUUUCGCAAUCAAUUAUAUCCAACAUAUGAAAAAUUGAAUCGUUAUAUGGACGUUGAAUUAGUACCAUUUGGUAAUGCUAAUGUUAGCUAUCCACGACAUGAUAAUAAACCAGUAUUCCAUUGUCAACAUGGACCAAAAGAAUGUUAUGGUAAUCGUGUUCAAGCUUGUACGAUUGAAAUGUUAAAGAAUACUGAUCUAUCCAUAAGAUUCGUACGUUGUAUGUUUGAUCAACAUGAUUAUAGAGAAACAUCACAAACAUCACGUCGUUGUGCUGAACAAAUGCAAUUAGAUUGGCCAAAAAUAUCAUCCUGUGCUGAUGGUAGUGAAGGUGAACGUUUAUUGAUUGCAAAUUCAUUGAAAACAUUCAAUCUUAAUCCUGAACAUACAUAUGUACCAUGGAUUGUGAUUGAUAAGAAUCAUACUAAACAAAUGCAAACCGGUGCCGAAACGAAUCUAUUACAAUUUCUAUGUGAUAAUUAUUUCAAUCAUGAACCACAAAUUGAACAAUGUUCAAAAGAAGCAAUCAGUCUUAGUCAACAUUUAAACGCUGCAAUCAAGCCUGAAGCUGCCAUUAUAUCGAUGAUGAUGACCGCAACAAUAGUAAUUAUGUCGUCAUUGCUAUAAUAAUGUGGACAAAACAAAAAUUAUUAGAUUAAAAUAAUCAAUCAAUCGAUUAAUCGAUCAUUUGUGGUGCGGAAGCUUUUGGAAAAUGAAAUUUUUGUUUUCUGAAUAAUUAUUUCAUCAUCAUCGUUGUUGUCUUGGAACUUUACCGAUUAAAAGCGAUAGCAAAAAAAAA